AAAAAUAAAUUAUAUUAAUAAAGAAGUCAGUAACUUAGUUAUGAGAAAUAAAUAGAACCAAACCGGACGCCGGCGUUGUCGUUAUUUACGACAUUUGCCCCUACUUUCCAGCCUUCAUUUCUCAACUGUUUGGUUGCUAGGUGUUUUAGCGUCCUAUCUGUGUACCGUUGCCAGCUAAUGACGAGCUAACUGGUGUCAGUGUACGUGAAGCAAAAAAAUGGACCGUAUACGUUUAAGCUGCGGAUGAACACGGUGAAAGCGAGAUAAGCUUUUGUUCACCGAGUCAAAGAUGCGCGAAUAAGGAUCUACACAAUGCUUGCUGGAAGUACAAGCGUUCUUUAACGAGAACAGAGAUCUUUGCUGUCUGUGGGUGUUUUAAAAGGUUUUUACCACAUGAGUUCAAGGGAGGAAGCCAAGAUGGGGGACAUCUUGGCAACUGAAGCUGAUCUUCUUGGGAUGAUCAAAGAGUAUCUCAAGUUUGGGGACUUUGAAGAUACUGUUCAGAGUUUAGAGAAGGAGUGCAAAAACAAAGGCAAGCUUGUCUCAAAGCCUCAAGGAAGUAACCUCAGAGACUCAAAGACCCGUGUCAUUCAGAAAGACCUCCUCUGCUCCUUUGAUGAUGGAGACCACAAAGUGUUCUUCGAACUUUGGACAGACAAUAUUCCAUCUGAAGUCAAAGACACAGACACCGAGGCCCAGGCCCUGGAGUUCUACCUCCACAUCCAUUUCACCAUCUAUCCACUGAGGAGGCACCCUAAUAGACAUGACCGAGUUGAGUUUGAGGAGAGGAUUUCCCUCUUCAAGCAGUACCUGGAAACUCGGGGGGCAGCACUGAGCCAGACCACAAAGUUUCUGCCUUACUAUGCCUUGCCUUUUGUUCCCAACCCCACAGUCCACCCCUCCUUCAAAGACCUUUUCCAGGAUUCCUGGAUACCACAGUUGAGGGAUAAGCUGGAUCAGUUUCUGUCAGUGACGCUGAAGCCAUCCAACACCCCAAGGCUCCUGAAUAUAUAUAAGGAAGGAGGAAGGACGACUAAAGAGGUCAUACAGCAGCUGCAACUCCAACUGGUCGAAUCGGACCGCCGCAUCAUAAGCUAUGUGCGGAAGUUCAACAAGAUGCAGGCCGACUACCACAACCUGAUUGGGAUCACUGCUGAGCUGGUCGACUCAUUGGAGGCCACCGUCAGCGGAAAAAUGAUCUCCCCUGAGUACCUACAGAGUGUGUGUGUUCGCCUGUUCAGCAGCCAGAUGAGGCAGAGCGUGGUGCAGAGCACCGACUUCACAAGGCCUGGCACAGGAUAUUACUCUAUGAGUCCCUAUGAUGAUGGUUAUGCCUCCUCGAUGCUCCGAGCAUCCAUCGCACCACAGAGACCCAAGGAAGUGCCAAUGCUGCCCUCACUAGACUAUGAUAAGCUGAAGAAAGACCUGUUUGAAGGCCCAGACAGACUCCGGUCCCUGCUGCUUCAGGCACUGCGCUGGAGACUGACUCGCUCCCUCCCUGGUGAACAGAGAGACACAGUGCUUCAGGCCUAUAUCAGUAACGAUCUGCUGGAGCGCUACAGCACUAAACAGAAAACCGUGCUUGAUCUAAUGAGAUCAAACGAUGAGAUUGUCCGCCAAUACAUGGCUCGUCUCAUCAAUGCAUUCGCUUCCCUCGCAGAAGGUCGGGUUUACCUCUCCCAAAUCCCAAUUCUUCUGAGACUUCUAACAGAGGCACUGAGGAAGGAGGAAAAAGACUCCCUGACUCGAGAGAAUGUGCUAGUGGCCCUGCAGAAACUCAGCCUUAGGAGAAGCCAGCAGACGGCCAUGAUAGCAGAUGAUCUGAUUGGAUGGUUGGUGGAUGAGCUGCAGGAUUCAGACUGCCUGAGUGACUACACCCUGGAGUACUCUGCAGCUCUGCUCAUGAACCUGUGUCUACGAACAAAAGGAAAAAGGAAGUGUGCAGAGAACGCCAAACAUGUGCUAAAGGUUCUAACUGACCUCCUUGGACAUGAGAACCAUGAGAUUCGGCCAUAUGUGAAUGGAGCCCUGUACAGCGUCCUGUGUAUUCCCUCUGUGAGACAGGAAGCAAAAGAGAUGAGUGUAGAGGAGAUUCUUCGCUGCUACAGCAAGGAGGAGAACCCAGACCUAAACAGACAGAUUGAGUUCAUCAUUAAACAGCUAAACUCAGCUGAUGAAGAGGGGCCAGAAUCAGACGAUGAAGAAGAAGAGGACGACAAUGACGAGGAUUUAAUGGAGACGGACCUUGAUACAGAGGAAGUCCUCCAGCCACAGCCCAGGGAACUGUCUGGGGAAAGUCUUCUAACCACUGAGUACCUGGGAAUUAUGACCAACAUGGCCAAAAUGAAGAGGAAACCAACCCCUCUGGCACAACCAAGUGUCGAUGAACCCUUACAGCGGCCAGUCACACCAAGUUCUCAUCGUAAUGUCAACGCAGUUCAGGGGGGUGAUGGUAGCAGGGACAGAGAAUACCCUGUGAGCACACAAAAGAGCGACGAAGGAAGUCUGCCUCCUUCCCGACACAACUCCCGACCUCCUACACGCUCCGGCAGUCGACCCAGCACCGCUGACUCUCUGCGUCACAGCAUCAACUCAGAGUGUGGCCGGUUGUCCCAAGAGUCCGAGCUGGACGGGCCAUAUGAAGGGCGAGCCAGAAAAGAACGUUCCCAGGAGGAACACAAUGGACAAUCUGCCAGUGGUGAUUACAUCCCUGCAUUUGCAAGCCAGCCCAAAAUUCCCCGUACACCUGACCCAGCAGCCAGCCAGAACAGUGCUCACCGGGGUCGAGGCCUGACUCUGGCACCCCAGUUUUCCCAGUCGGAGCCACAACAGAGCAGCCGACCAGGCACUGCCAGCUCUGCAGCAGGAGGGGGGCGACAAAGUGGAAGCAGCCAGUCAAAUAGGAGGUGAAGAGGGGGCUGUCACCAUGGAGUAGCACUAUCUCCCCGGGUGCAUCAGGCUUCCUGUAACAUCAUACCCCCAGGUUGCGAUCAGGGUCAGGGCAACAGAGAUGGUCGAGGAUCAGCAGCAGCAGCAGGAGGAGGAGGGGCUUGAACAAUGUGAAGGAUUGUGGCUCUCCGUCCCCCACCCCCUACCCGUUCUGCUUCAGCACAAACUUCUUCUGUAACAUGAUAUGAGGUCAGCCAAAAAAAAAUCACAACCACCAGGUGCUAGUUUUAGGCACACAUGAAUGUGUGCAAUAUCCUACGGUCAUGACAAAAUUCCUCCACAGCAAUACACAACCCAUUCGGAAAUAUAGCUCUGACUUGGGGCAUGACAUAAGCACAUUCCUCCCCAUUUUCUUCACAGUCCCAGAGGCACCUUGUUGCUGAUAAAUCCUCAAUAAUUCAUAUAAUAUGACAAUGUUUGCCUUUUGAAUUGAUUGUACAGCUCGUUUGCAAAGUUCUCAUCUUGAUUCUACGAAUCUAUUAUCUUCUGAAUUUCACUACGUACUGUAUAUAUUGAUUUUUGACCCUGGUGGAAAAUAUCCGUCCACAUAAAUAAAUAAUUGUAGCCGCUUUACAUCAAAUAGAAAACUAUCUCAUAUCUAGAGUAGCUGCUCUUCUAUAACUUUCCAGGAAAUGUUUACAAGAAAGACACAGGUCUUGACAUGAGAUGUCAGGCUAGUGCAUGUUUUUAAGAAAUCUU